CUCCUUUACCAACAAAAUCUUUGCGAUUCAUCAACAAAAAUGAAAUUAGACAGGAAAAUGAAUGUAUACCAAGGCUGUUGAGAAUACGAGAAACUGGUUUAUUACAUUGAAAACAUCACGAAAUCUUAACUCUAUAUUUAUUUUAUUAUUGUUCCCUGUUUCAAUAUUACUCCAUUUACCAGAUUUCCUUUGAUAAUAUAAAGACGGAUACAAAGCAAACGUAUAAUUAAACUGGUCAUUACAAAGCCAGUUCAAUGGUUAGAUCAAGUAACCUCAAUGUAUUUGCUGCUGCAGCUAAACGUGCAACAAACUGUGAUGGAAACCUUUUCGUCAACUUAUUUCGCCGAGGUAAACACACAGCUACAGCAACAGCGAGAAAUGAUGUUGACAUAGUCAAUGAACCUAAGGAGCCAUUGAUACGAACAACAACUGUUCCAGGACCAAAGUCGAUUGAGCUGAUAAAAGAACUGAAUACCAUUCAAUUGGCCAGUCCAAUACAAUUGUUCGUUGACUAUGAAUCAUCUAUCGGUAAUUAUUUAUGUGAUGCUGAUGGGAAUCUUUUUCUGGACAUUUAUUCACAAAUAUCAUCCAUUCCAUUGGGUUACAAUCACCCAGCUUUAAUUGAAGCUCUUCGAGAUCCAGCAAAUACUUCUGCUUUCAUCAAUAGACCUGCUCUUGGUAUUUUACCUCCAAAAGAUCUAGUUGAUAGACUUCGAGCUUCUUUACUUUCAGUCGCUCCACCAGGUUUGAACGAGGUUCAAACAAUGGCUUGUGGUUCUUGUUCAGUUGAAAAUGCUAUGAAAGCAGCCUUUUUCUGGUAUCAAACCCGAAUCCGUGACGGUCGAGAAGUGACGCGAGAAGAGAUGGAUUCGUGUUUAGCCAACCAGUAUCCUGGAUCACCAUAUCUUACCAUAUUGUCUUUUAAACAUGGAUUUCACGGACGAACUUUUGGAGCUUUAAGUUGUACUCAUUCCAAAUAUAUCCAUAAAUUGGAUGUCCCUUCGUUCGAUUGGCCCAUUGCUCCUUUUCCAAUCUAUAGAUAUCCGUUAGAAGAUAAUGAGCGUGAAAACAAAGCCACAGAUGACCAAUGUCUUGAAGAAAUCCAAGAUUUGAUCGAGAGAUUCAAUAGAAAAGGUCGUCCAGUUGCUGGACUCAUUGUUGAACCAAUUCAAGGGGAAGGAGGAGAUAAUCAUGGCUCUAAAUAUUUCUUUAACCAACUACAAAAGAUUGCCAAGUCUCAGCAGGUUGUUUUUAUUUGUGAUGAGGUUCAAACUGGAUGUGGGCCUACCGGUAAGUUUUGGGCUCAUGAACAUUGGGAACUCGAUAAUCCACCAGAUAUAGUUACAUUCAGUAAGAAAAUGUUGACUGGAGGUUAUUUCUACAAAGCACAUCUUCGACCAGACCAAGGUUUUCGAAUAUUUAAUACUUGGCUUGGAGAUCCAUCGAAAUUAGCUCUCCUUGAACGAGUAAUUAAGGUUAUCAAAAGAGAUAAUUUACUCGAGUCGGUCAAAGAAACUGGAAAAGAAAUGUUGAAAGGAUUGAAGGAAGCUGAAACUCGUUUCCCUGGCUUGGUAUCACGAUCACGAGGAGUGGGAACCUUUUGCGCUAUUGAUUUUGUAACACCUGAAUUGAGGAAUGAAGUGAUUAAACGUCUGCACCUCAAAGGUAUCCAUUGUGGGGGAUCAGGAGCCGCUGCUCUAAGAGUUAGAACAACACUUACGUUUAACAAAAAUCACAACGAUAUCUUCAUUGAUCGAUUACACAACGUUUUGGCUGAGUUGAACAAUAGCUGAACCAACAAGAUGGUGAUAAAAAGAUAUCAACAUGUUUAACCACGAGAACCAGGAAUGUCAUGUAAUCAUAUGUUUAGUUUAUUUCUCAUUUUUGUCUCAUUGUCUUUUGGAGACCUCUAUUAUUGUGAAGCUCACAUUAAUUACGUCUUCCUUUAGCUUAUUACUAAAGCUAAUAGUGAUCAAAUAUUCCGAUUUGAUUUCAUGUAUAACAGAACAUUUGAAAGCAUCAAUAUUCUUGAGAAAAGUACCGACUUACACAUAUGAAAACCGUUGAGAGUAAAACGAAAAAUCUAAAACUGUUGCUUUUUAAUACAAUUAUUGACAAUGUAUCAAGCUGAACAAAAAUAUUAAUGUUGUUAUUGCUCUUGUUAAAUAUUAACGAUCAUAAAAUGUGUACAAAUUUUUGCCAGCUGGAAUAAAGUGAGGAAAUGUUAGGUAUUGUUUCAAAUCUUCUAAACCAAUUAAAAAAUAUUUAUUGAUAAGUUUA